AUGCAUCCCUUUCUAAGCUUCCUUCCGUUACUGCCCAUCGCUGCAGCCCAUUUCACCCUCGACUGGCCCGCUUCUCGCGGCUUCGACGAGGAUAAAAUGCCCACCUUCCCCUGCGGCGGAUUCGACACCCCCUCAUCAAACAGAACCACCAUUGCACUCAACGCAAAUGCCAUUCCAGUCGAUAUCACAUUCCAUCAUUCUCAAACCGCCGUGUCGUAUCUUCUCGCCCUGGGGUCCGAUCCCGGAAGCAGCUUCAAUAUCACCCUCGAACCAACACUAGGAGCCCACGGUCUUGGGGAAUUCUGCUUGCCUAGUAUCCCGUUAGAUUCAAAGACCCUGGGGACGUCUCUACAUGAUGGACAAAAUGCCACAUUGCAGGUUGUGACAGACGGUGAUAGUGGCGGCGGUCUAUACGCUUGCGCUGAUAUAAUCUUUUCAUCAAAAAUCACAUCCAAUACACCAAGCUCAUGCAAGAAUAACACUGGGGUCGGCGCGACUCCUUUCUCCGGAAGCGCGGCCACUCGUAUUGCCAACGAGUCUAAUGCAAAUGGUGAUGCCCAAAGCGGCGCAAGCACUUCAGGUGCUGCUAGUGUUACGAAUACUGCCAGCACUGCAACUGCUUCUAGCAGUUCUUCAUCGUCAACUUCCUCUGGCAUCGCUGCGCCUUUGCAGACCGCGGGAUGGGGAGUUUUGGGAGCUGCUGUUAUCGGUGGUCUUGCUAUUCUGUAA